ACCACCCUCACAUUUCUGCUCCUUUCACUUGAACUUCCAACCUUGGCCUCAAACCCACAAAGAAGAGAAGGAAAAAAGAAAUGGCAACCACCAUGGCCGCUGCAUCAACCGUCAUAGGCCUCGGGUCUUCCUCAUUGUCCCCUACUCGCUCCUCUUCCUCAAAGAGGACACACCUCGCUUCAGGAUUUGUGAAGGCCCCAGUGGCGCCCAGGAACCCCCUGAUGCAAGCGAAAGCUUGUGGAGGAAAGUUUACUUGCUUUGAGAGAGAUUGGCUUCGGACGGAUCUGAACGUGAUUGGGUUUGGGCUGAUAGCGUGGUUGGCACCUUCAAGCAUACCGGCCAUCGAUGGCAACAGUCUCACCGGCCUUUUCUUUUCCAGCAUUGGAACCGAGCUCUCUCACUUCCCUACUGGACCUGCUCUCACUUCUCCCUUUUGGUCAGUUCAUUUUCCAUCUCUUCCUACUUUUUCCUCCUAUGUUAUGGCUAAUAUAGGGACCUCUCAAUGUUCAAUUUUGCUCCUAACCAUCCACCAAAUUAAUUGUUUACCAUUAAAUAUGUAAACUUGGCACAUAUGCCAAAGAAGACCUUCCUCAUUCAACUCGUACCGGUAACACUCUGGCAAAAUUCUGGGCCUGAGGCCCCCAUGAAUUAUAGAUUGCACCAUUCUAAAGAAGCCCAAACUUCAACAAACCUAAGCCUAUGUCCAGCCCAAGACCCUGUGUUUGCCCAUUUAUAAUACCAUUACGAAGCCCGGCCCUACGCAUGCAAACGGGUCAAGCCUUACCCCAUCAUCUCAGCCUAGAAACUUUUGGCAUUUUUUGAAAUUUUUAUUUGGAAAAAAGAAGAAGAAGGUGCUAAGACUUAAGUCUCAUGGUUAAGCAUGACCCAUUUUCCACUAAUUGAAAAGUGUUAAAAAACCCUCACUAGACAUACUUCUAAAUGAUAGAGCCUGCAACUCCAAGCCAACUCUACUCAAUUGGCCCAGUGCCACCAUCUCAACAACUACAAGCCAAUUUGGGAAAUUCCCAAACAGGCUCUCAACUGGACCCUAGUGUGAAAUUGGACCCAUUGAAUGAUCUUCUUGUUUGAUCCAUUGCAUCCAUACCUUAUCUAACAUAUGUUGUGGAUGGUUUUUACUUUUAUUUUUUUAAUUUUUUCAAAACUUGAAUAUCAACAGGUUGUGGAUGGUCACAUGGCACCUUGGUCUAUUCCUCUGCCUUACUUUUGGGCAAAUUGGGUUCAAGGGCAGGACUGAGGAUUACUUUUGAGAAGAUCUCUCUCUCCCUCUCCCCCUUUUUUUUUUAAUUUCUGUUGUCUAUCUAUGUACAAUAGUACUUGAAUUUCAGUUCCUCCUUUAGCUUUCUUUCUUUUAAACUCUGUUCAAAAGAAAAACUGUCUCUUUCUUCC